AUGUCGUCUAUGCGACCUCUUAACCACAGACGCCGCUCUCAAUCUGCUUACGACCCUUUAACUACACCAACAGUCAAUCGGGAUUCUUCAUGGGGUGGGGCGACCAAAAGGGCGUAUCUCACGAGUUUCGGUACUCCAGACAUCACAACUUUCAAAAGAGAUGUAGAAUCCUGGCAUUCAAAGAGGCGGAGAAGGGAUGGCUCUCCUUCUGGGACGAGUUCUGAUGAAGAAGGGAUUUCAAACCUUACAAGAAAUGUCGUCGGACUAUCGCCGAAAUCUCCAUUAUUACCUUCAUCCUCAGUAGAUUUCAACAUUUUUCCUCGUAAAGAUCCACGACAACGUCACUCCAUGUAUAACACCACCACCACAUCCGUCUUGGACCCCAGCAUUCACGCACAAUCUCCUUCUUCUUCUUCCUACUCAGACUUGGCUCGGAUCAGGUCGAAUGCCUUCUGGGAACUCAGGCGAAGUGUCGCCGAAAACGGCGAGGGUUUCGUACGCCGCAUGCGAGAUUAUGAACAGUCUCGCGCCAGAUCAGGCGCAUUCUCCAAAGUGAAAGACGCUCAGAAACGGGGGAGAAAGCGAUCUUCACUCCUUGCGAGAAGAUCACAGACCUUGCGCCGCGAUUCGGAUUCAGAGGAGGAUGACGUUCAAAUAUUCUCAGGAAAUUUAUCAGAGGCGUUUCUUUCUAAAGAAAUCUCUUCUCCUUCAAUGAGCAGAUCACCGAGACAAUCUUCGCUGAAUGAUAUGGAUGAGGAUCCCAGAGACCCUAUACAGAGGCCGGAGCGUUCUCCUUCCUCUUCCUCCUCCUCCUACCACAUUUUCGAAUCUUCGUCGAACUCACCAUAUGUCUUCUCAUCUGAUCUGGCUCAGAUUGCAUCACUUCCUCCUCCUACGCAGCUGGACGUAACGCCCUCAUCGUCAAACUCAGCAUCCUCUACUUCUAGUUCCUCUACAUCUAGCAUUUCUUUCCAGCUUCCUUCAAUUCCUUCUGCCAAUCUCCAUCUGACGGGCGAUAUUUCAUCAUCAUCAACAUCAGCAUAUGCUUCUGCUUCGCGCUCGGAGAAGGCUCUCGCUGCUUUGAGUCUGGCGAUGGCGAACGGGGCCGGUAGCAUUACGGAAGAUUAUGAGGCUCUGCGCGCAUUGCAACCAAUUUUAACCAUGGAUGACGCCCAGAUCGGGGAAAUGUGGCAUUGA